UACUUCUUUGCAUAAGGAAAUUGAGUAAAUAGUAUUUGAGGAUUAAUCACAUUCAUGCUAUUAUUGGUUUAAUUUAUGGCAUGUUUCAUUUUGUAAGAACAGGAGUCCUCUAGUAAUGGAGUAGGGUAGAAUUCAGAUUCUUAUUUUCAAGCCAAUUCUCGGUGUCUUAUUGUCUUGCUUUUAGCAGAGAAGGUUUCAAAAUCUGCUUUGUCAGAAAUAAGGUGUGAUGGGGAAAAUGGACCAGCAGACAAACACCAAAUGGGAAGGAAGUUCCAAAUAUGGAAAAGGGUGGCUGUGCACAUCAGUCAUCAUGGGAAAGAGGCUGAUGAUGUAACGAGCAGUGCAUGAAGGAGGUUAGGCAGAGAUUAUUAGACUUUAUUCUGGUAGCUGCCAGCAGGAAGAGUUUGGAUCAGCAGAUUUUUAGUCUUGAAGCACAAUUUACUGCAGUCUCUUUUUUAUGUYAAAAUUUAAGUUGGUCCAUUUAAGUGUUUUAUUCACUGCAUAGAAUAUUUGGGGCAUUAAUAAUAAAAAGCCUUUUUUUGUGGAGAUUAUUUAGGGCAGUUCUUCCCAGAGUGGCUGGUUUGUAUAUAUGAAUAUGGGAGAGUUUUGAGAAGACAAAGCAAUUGCCUCACCUUUUAAAUAAACAGAAGAAUUGAAGAUGUAGAGGCCAUGGCAGUCAGUUGAUAAAAACUAGUUAGGUGAGUGCCUGAACGGGAAAAUUCAACGUGGCUGCAUAAUGCAAACCAUUGACUCCCUUUUCAGAUUCCCAUGGUGUACCGCAAUAUCAAAUAGGGCAGCCACAUAGCUCAUGAGUUGUCCUUUGUGCAGUAUCAAUUUGGGACUUCAAAGAGUAACAGGAGUUUGAUUUAAGGAGUCCUUAAAACAUAAAUACCAUUUUUCUGUGUUUAGCAGUGAGUAGGGCCAAAACUGAGAGGUAAAAAAUGAGAUAUGGUGUGUUUCUAGAAAAAAAGGAGCUGAAGCAAAACCAUUCCACUUUAAGCAUUCUAAGGGCUUUGAUGAGAGGAGUAUAAUAUUGCUUGGCUUGCUGCUGAUUUGGCAGCCUCUGUCUCUUCACUGCAUUUUUCAUGUGCGCCCUUCGUUUGUUUCUUUUUUUUCCCCCCUCUUUUGUAUCUUACUCAUCAGAAUGUGAGGUAAAAGGCUGCUACUGCARCACUCUUUUUCCAAGCAGCUUAUGCUAACCAGCUUUCACAGAGAACAUAAUCCUUACACAAACACCUUAACUCAUGAAGGAAGAGGGUCCAGUGCGACGUAGGUUUUCUUCAUGUGCUGGGAUUUCAUCUGUGUUUUCUCCAAGAGCUGAUGGCCGAAAGCUUGUCCGGAAUGCUUCAUUUGGCGGAUAUAACGAGCUCUCUCCUGCUUUUCCAGGUUUUGACAAAGGGAAGGAUGAUGUGUCACAAAGUAAAGAUGAGGCAGCGUAUUCUAUGUCAAAAAGCAAGUCCGAAUCCAAGCUUUUCAAUGGCUCUGAGAAGGACAUCUCUCAAUCUUCAAGCAAACUUACAAAAAAAGAAUCCCUCAAGGUUCAAAAGAAAAACUACAGGGAAGAAAAGAAGAGAGCCACRAAAGAAUUACUUAGCACGAUCACGGACCCCUCAGUUAUUGUUAUGGCUGACUGGUUGAAGAUUCGUGGUACCUUGAAAAGCUGGACCAAACUGUGGUGUGUACUGAAACCAGGAGUGUUGCUUCUUUACAAAACUCCCAAAAAUGACCAGUGGGUGGGAACAGUGCUCCUGAAUGUUUGUGAACUCAUCGAGAGGCCUUCCAAAAAAGAUGGCUUUUGUUUCAAACUUUUUCAUCCUUUGGAGCAAACCAUAUGGGCUACAAAGGGUCCUAAAGGAGAAGCAGUUGGUGCUAUAACUCUGCCAUUGCCCAGCAGUUACUUGAUCAUCCGAGCCGCUUCAGAAUCAGAUGGCAGGUGUUGGAUGGAUGCUUUGGAGCUGGCACUGAAAUGUUCAAGUCUGCUGAAACGUACAAUGAUCAGGGAAGGUAAAGAACAUGAUUUGAACACCUCAACAGACAGUAAUGUCUCUCUCUAUGGUCUGCUUCGUGCUAACAACUUGCACAGUGGAGAACACUUACCGUUAAAUGACAGUGAAAUUGAAAGACAUCAGUUUAAAGAUCAAGAUACAUACUCUGACAAGUCUGAUAAGGAAAAUGACCAUGACCACGAGGAAUCUGAUAAUGAUGGAUUGGGGAAAAGUGAAGAAAGUGAUAGCGACACAUCGGAGCGACAGGAUGAUUCUUAUGUGGAUCCAGAACCAGUUGACAUCAAGGAAACAACUUACGUAGAACAGAGUCAUGAAGAACUUGGGGAGGCAGGGGAGGCUGCUCAGACAGAAGAAGUGUCAGACGAAAACAAAAGUUUGAUCUGGACACUAUUGAAGCAAGUCCGACCCGGAAUGGACUUGUCCAAGGUUGUACUGCCUACAUUUAUUUUGGAACCUCGCUCUUUUCUAGACAAGCUGUCUGAUUACUAUUACCAUGCAGACUUUCUGUCUGAAGCUGCUCUUGAAGAGAAUGCUUACAACCGUAUGAAAAAAGUAGUGAAGUGGUAUUUGUCAGGAUUCUACAAAAAGCCAAAGGGACUAAAAAAGCCGUACAAUCCUAUACUUGGAGAGACUUUCCGCUGCAUGUGGAUUCAUCCAAGGACUAACAGCAAGACUUUUUAUAUUGCAGAACAGGUAUCACAUCAUCCUCCAAUAUCUGCCUUCUAUGUUAGCAACCGCAAGGAUGGUUUUUGCCUUAGUGGUAGUAUUCUGGCCAAAUCAAAAUUUUAUGGGAAUUCAUUAUCUGCCAUACUAGAAGGAGAAGGACGGCUAACGUUUCUAAAUAGGGGAGAAGAUUAUCUAAUGACAAUGCCAUAUGCUCAUUGUAAAGGAAUUGUUUAUGGCACAAUGACCUUAGAGCUUGGAGGAACAGUCAACAUCACCUGUGAGAAAACUGGCUACAGUGCAACAAUUGAAUUCAAACUCAAGCCUUUUUUGGGUAACAAUGACAAUGUUAACCAAAUAUCAGGGAAAAUUAAGCUUGGCAAAGAAGUUCUGGCUCUUUUAGAGGGUCACUGGGACAGUGAAGUUACUAUUAGUGACAAGAAGACAGGUGCUUCAGAGACAUUCUGGAACCCAACAUCUGAUAUUAAGCAGCGUAGAUUACAUAGAUAUACUGUGAAGUUUGAAGAGCAAGAUGACUUUGAGUCAGAGAAGCUUUGGCAACAAGUGACAAAGGCAAUAAAUAAUAAAGACCAAACAGAAGCUACUCAUGAGAAAUAUCUUCUGGAAGAAGCUCAGAGAAAGAGUGCCAAGGAGAGGAAACUUAAGGGUGAAGACUGGACAUGCAAGUUGUUUGAUCAGGAUUCAGUUACGGGAGAAUGGCACUACAGAUAUGCUGAUACCAGACCAUGGGACCCUUUGAAUGAUAUGAUCCAGUUUGAAAAAGACGGCACAAUCCAAACGAAAGUUCGACAUCGGACACCAAUGGUUACUGUUCCAAAAAUGAAAGUAAAGCCAGCCAGUCAGAAGAAAGGAGAGUGUGGUUUCUCAUCCCCAGAGCCUGAUAACCAGGAUUCCUCUGGAAGUGAAGCACAACUUCUGAAGCUUAAUACAAGAAUAAGGAAAAAAGGGGCAGACCUGGGUGAACUGCAGAGUGCCAUUGAGUCUAUAAAGGACACACAGGAAGACAUUAAGAGGGAGAUCUUGGCACUACGAAAUAGAGUUGCUUCUAAUUCAUCACCUUGGAACUACCAUUCCUUGCAGUUUAAGCACUAUGUCUUCAUUUCACUCAUGGUUGUGCUACAGCUUAUCAUUAAUUUCUUGUUCAAUAAGAAGUGAACAAGGGCCUUCUUGAAYUGGAAUGAUUGAACUGUUACUGGGGACCAUAUUUGAAGCUGGACUUUAAAUGAUGCAAUAUUAUGUAAAAGCAACAAUUGACAGAACUUUGCCUUGGCGUUCAUGGUUCAGAAUCAUACUUCUGUCUACCCAGUUGCAGUAAGAAUUGUGUAAGUGCCAGUACACUCUUGUUCCUCCUGGUGUGUGCCUCUGUCUCGCAGUCAUAUGACAUCAGCCUUGUGUUUAUAUUGCAUCAUACACUGUACUGAUGAAUCUUCACCACAGAAUAGAUCAAGUUAAACAUUCAGAGGUCAGACCCUGUAGGUAGGAUGUGAUUCCUAUUUCAUAGAAUGAUAAACAGGUGUACUUCACUACAUAUAAACUUAUCAUUUUUGUAACAAAGGAACUUUUGAAGUAGCCAACAGCUUUUGUAAAUGGCAUUGGGUGUUUGGAAGUAAACUUUUGCAUAAGGUCAGACAAAUACAUUAUACAAAAAAUCAUGAGUGUUAGGAAAUGGCAAGUAAAAAGCCAAAGUCUUUGGUAAAUCUGCAGCAUAAUGUCCUUGAUUUGUUUGAGGUUUUUAUCCUGAAUUAUUAUGGGCUUGUAAGCCAGCUGUUUUAUAGUUUUAAAACUUAAGAUUCAUCAUAAAAACAUUCCUGCAUCUACUGUACAGAGCAUAUUUUUAACAGUACAGCACCCAGGGAGGCACUGUUUUGGUCUGUUCUCUCUCAUGAAUUGCAAAUGUUGGGGAUUUCCAGUAUGUUUGUAAGUCUUGAUAAAUCUACAGCUUUGAAUUUACCUUUGUGUAUGGCCAUGUCACACUAAGCAGACAGACUGCUGAUGCUAGGACUCUUGGUUAGUUUUGAAACAAAAUGUGAAGAGGAAGAGGUGUGCUUAGUGUAUAGCUUGAACUGGAUCUCCAAAAGGCAAUGUAGAAUAGGAUUCAGGCACUGUCAUGAGUACACCUGCAAAUGAAAAUGUGUGUGUUUACAGAGGGAAAGUUCAGAAAUYGUGUGAUGGCUAACACCACAUAUCUCAAAACAAAUGAGAGGAAAAUCCGAGUAUUCAUGAAAUCCUUCCUUACUCCAAGUAUAUACUACCUACCAGAAUACAUGAAUGCACCUUCUUAGUAUGCUGUAAUCAUACAAUUUCAUGUGAAGCUUAAGUUUCAAUUGAGAACCAGGGUUUCUAAAAUUUUUUUUGAAGAAAUAUAUGCAUGUAUAGAAUUUGUAAAAUUCCAGCAAAAAAUUUAGUGCUGCUGUUUAUCUGGUGAGUUCCCUGUGCCAGUCAAGCAUACCAAGGCAGAAAGGGGCUGCAGAAUUGCAAAAKUAUUUUCAGUAUCCCAGCUGAGACAACAGAAGGAUGAGUGGCCUGUUGUGAAGGACAGCCAGGUUUAUUUCCAGAGGAUCCUCUCAGAAAUCAAAUACAUCCUGGGCAGUGAACAGUUUGAAAGUCAUAUUUGGCUUUUUGCCAUGGCCAGGUUAUCCCUCUGCCUUGGGCAGGCUACCUGACUCUUAGGUAAUCUGCCUUUCUGUUCUGCAUCAAUCUCACUGGUAUUUAGUGAAAAUAUUGUUUACUCCUUUGUCUGUCCAGCUUACAUAUUU